UGCGCGCACAUGAUUGUGCCCGACUAUUCUCUGGUCUCAGUUGGAAGCAGGUUGGAAGCCAUGGACGGGACACGAAAAUCCAAAAGAAAAUGUAAACCAAACAGGCGGGAAGACAAUGACUUGCCUGUGCAAACCUCACAAGAUGAUGAUGAGAGUAUUUUCAGCACCAAGGUGGCUCAAAGUGCGGGUAAGCCUCUGCAGACUACGCAAAAAAAACCUUCACGGACCAAGAUUGCUAGAAAUGAUGUCACAGUGCCUCCAUCUCCAUGGGGCCGAUCUGGAACCUCUUCAGAAACUGUACAAGUUGAAGAACCUGAUGGGAGCUCUCAACAGGAGAUUAUAGACUUGAAAAUAAAGAAUGCAGCAUUGGAGCAAAGAGUGGAAAUGCUGACUGAAGACAGAAAUUACCUCCGAGAGAGGCUGAAAGAGGCUCUACAAGGUCAAAGACCAAAGAGGGCUGCUUCUCCAGAUGUAUCUCCAGAGCCAUGGAAAAAAAAGGCCAAGAUUUUGGAGGACAGCAAUUCCAAUUCAGAGUCAUCAGAGUCUGAGAGUGACUCAGAGCCCUCCAUUGGGAAGAAGGAGAAGAAGAUCACCAAGAGGACCAAGAAGCCUAAAAAAAUUCAAAUGAGAGUUAAAACCCCUGAUGACGCCGUGGAUCGGUACAACAUGGUUCUGGCCAAAGUUAAAAAGGAGAAAAUCAGCAAAGCUGAGGCCUAUGCCAGACUUAAAGUUGAUCGAAACACAAUUGCACAGCAGGCACCAAUAGCAGAACUGGCCAUAGCCAAUCCGGAUCUGUACAGCACACUAAGGUUGAGCUUCAAAAGGAAAGAUAGCCUAAAGAGAUUCGCUGACACCUGCAGGGGCUUCUGUGAGCAGGAGCCCACAGCCUCUGCCAUUGCUAAGAAAAAGGAUGAUGGAAGCUUGCUUGACAUCUUUAAACAAUAAAAACCCUUUUUUAGAUGCAGAAUUUUUCUGCCCUGUUAUUUUGGGCAUUUAAAAUAAGUUUAUAGGUUUAAACAUUUCAUUGAUUCAAUGUUUCUUUCAUUGUUCGUGUGCACUUUGUAUGGAAAGUAGUGUUUUGAUGUGUGUAAGACUCAUGCACUGAUGCGCCUGUUGGCAGGAAUUAAAAAUAAGAAAUUAAAUAUCAGUUUCUUCAUUGCUAAUAACACUAUUCAUCAAUGUUAAAUAAGCACCUGUUUACCACUUCAGUUAAGGGGCCACACACAUGAUGAACUCAUGAGCACUUAAUCUUUGAUUCAUGUAAUAUAACAAUUUAUUUCUUUUUAAAAUCAGUUCUUUCGUCAGUGAUAAAGAAGGGUCCAUUUACCACUUUAGGUGAGGGGCCACAAACAUGAUGAACUCAUGAGUAAUUCAUCAUUAAUUAAUGUAAAUCGACCAUUUUUGCAUGACUUCAAACUUCAUGCAUUUCAAGCACCACCUGUUCAUCACUUUAUCUGAGGGGCCACAGACAUGAUUAACUAAUGAAAAGAUAAUGCUUAGCUAAUGAGGACAUGCCUAUAUUUGAACGAUGUGGAUUCUUCGAUAUUCUCUGAAAAUGGUCUUAAUUAGUUCAUGAUGAGUUAAUGUAUAGUUUACUUACCCCUUGGAGCACAUUUCAAAUACCUAGAAAUCACCAUGAUCAUGUGUAAUUUAUCAUAUUCAUAAUGAUUUACCCACUACCUAAUGUUCAAGAUGAAUUUGUUGUCCAUACCUGAUGUCAUUAAUGACAUACUAUUAAUUCAUGUUUAUUAAUGAGAUUUUCAUGUGUAAUUAAUGCAUGAGUUAAUGAAUCAACUCAUGAUAAUUCAUGACAUUUAGUUAACAUGAAUUCAUGUGUAAUUACUUUUCUUGUU